AUGGUCCAAGUGUUUGAAAGAAUAAAGGAUACAUUCUCAAGCUCAGUGCAUCACGUCGCAAAAAGAUGUGAUAAACAGUCUACUUUGUACUUGGCUGUGACACAGGUCGACAAGCAAUACAUCAACAAUGAAGCACUCAAAGGAUUGUUCGAAACAUUGACACCAAAGCAGAAGAAUGAAGUAUAUUACAAGGUAUGGGAGUUGGGCAAGAUGACCGACCCCUCAAUCACAGGCGCUCAUUGGGGCCAGGACAACGUCUUCACAGACACACAUCGUCUGGCAAACGCCAUGCAUCGACUGGGCCAUCUAGGCAUCGCUGGUCUGUUCCCACUCAAGUGUCUAUCAUUCAAGUUUGGCGAAGGUGGACUGGGUUCACAAUACUUAUCGCGAGGCGAGCGCCAAGGACAAGAUCCCAUCACUGGCUACAUUGGAUUGGUCAAUGGCAUGGGUAUCAGCAAUCUGGAACAUGCUGGAUGGGACAUGCUAUGGCUGUCCGACAGUCUGGCCGACGGAAACAAUGUGCAUUGCGUAUAUCACUCCACUCAUCAGAAGUCCGCCACCGACGACUUUGGCGGCUUCGUCCAGGAUGUGUUGCGCAUGGCCGCCGUCAAUGGAGGCAGCUACACCAAGACCUCCUACCUAGUGGCACAGCAAUGGAUCGACUAUUUGGACGCCAACCCGGGUAAGCACUUCCUGCAGGUUGGCGUAUCCGAGGGCGCGGCACACACAAACGCCGCCAUCCGUUUGAUUAUACAGGCUGGUCGAGUCGACCUGCUCAGUCGUCUGCGCAUCAUUGCCAUGUGUCCAGCCUACUUCAUCUCGCCCGAUGACUAUGUGGACACUGGAAUCCAGGUGCUGAACUUUGUCAAGAUGGAGGACACGGUGAUCAAUCCAUGGGGCAAGAACACGCAUCACAUUGGCAAGUGUCAACACAUCGUGAUCGUGCCCCAUCUCACCAAAGAGGAUUCGCCACACAACCAAACCAGCCAGGACUUCCGCACGGUUGUUCGUCCCUAUCUCCAGAGAUAUAUGUUUGAUGGUGAUCUCUAUGAUAAGGUCGAACCCAACGUCGUUGUAUAA